AUGGCCUCAAAGCACGGUGAGAAGAUUAAAGAACUCAGGAUGGUUCUGGUUGGAAAAACUGGAGCUGGAAAAAGUGCCACAGGAAACACUCUGUUAAGAAAGAAGAUGUUUCACUCAGAUGUGUCUUCAGCUGCAGUGACUUCAGAGUGCAAGAAGGAGAGAGCAAAGUUUAAAGGUCAGACUCUGGCUGUGGUCGAUACUCCUGGUCUGUUUGACACCAAGAAGACUGAAGAGGAGAAGCUGAAAGAGAUAGCAAAAUGCAUCUCAUUUGCUGCUCCUGGUCCUCAUGCCUUCCUGGUGGUGAUCCAGCUCAGCAGAUUCACAGAAGAGGAACAACAGACAGUAAAACUCAUCCAGAAGCUGUUUGGAGAAAAAGCAUUAGAGUACACCAUGGUCCUGUUCACCCACGGAGAUGAUCUGAAGCAUCACAGAAAGUCCAUUGAAACCUUCAUCAAUGAAAAUCAAAACCUUCAUAACUUCGUUGAUCAGUGUCUUGGAGGAUAUCAUGUCUUCAACAACAGGAAGAAAGAUCCAAAACAAGUCCGAGAGCUGCUGAAGAAGAUCCACCUGAUGGUUCAGAAGAAUGGAGGAGGAUGCUUUACCAAUGAGAUGCUGGAAGAGGCUGAGAGAGCCAUCAAAGAGGAGAUGGAGAAACUUCUCAAGGAAAAACCUAAAUUAAAGCAGGAAGAAGCUCGAGGUCUGGCUGAGAUCAGCAACGACUUCAUAGCAAAUUUUUUGACAGCUUUCAGACAAUUUAGCAUUUCAAUCGGCACUGCAGUCGGACAGACAAUUGGAGCCACAAUAGCAUCUGCAGGCAAUGCUGUUGUAGAGAGAGUGAAGGGGUCAUGCAUUACUCAGUGA